AUGCGAGUCCCAGAUCACAAUACCUCGCUGGAUCUAUGGGCCUGCGCUAGGACACCCGAAUCGACGCCGGCUCUAGCACAAUUACUGCGAGACGGGGCACCUCCAGACGACCGCAACGAUUUUGGAGAGACGGCGCUGCAUAUUGCGGCUACUCACGGCAAUAAUGAAGCAGUGCAGCUCCUGCUUUGCUACAAUGCGAAUCUGCUGGUCGCGGAUUGGGAAUCUGGAUGGACACCACUGCAUCGAAGUCUUUAUCAUCAGCAAUUGUCCACAUCGCUAUUUCUCAUCCGUCACGCCCUCACGUGCUUCGGCAAGACAUUUCUGCGGAAAUAUAUACAUGAAACACUCGACCAUGCCCAGCAGAGCCCCAUGGAGCUGCUUACCGCAAGACUACACAAGAACAAUUCCAAAAACGCUGCAGAGAUAUGUGUUAGCGGCUUUGUCUACACUUUUGGAAAGCGAGACUACCAGCUGGGAUAUCAUUUGCCAAAUGGAGAUGUACAAAUGACUCCUCGGCUUGCGGCCGGCUUGGCACCGGAGACGAGUUCGAUCGGAUCGAACCGACACGACUAG